CCUCUCGCCGGAUAAAGCUCUCAGUAUGAACUCAGAGUGCAAUCACUACGUAUCUAUUAUUGUUCGUGCGCUAUACAUGAUAUUGAUAUUGGUGCUAAAUAUCAUAGACUUUAAAGUAUACAGGUGGCAGAUUUCUCGUGUAUAAUAUAUUAUCGUACCUCCGGCAACAAAGAGGUGUAUUUGCAUCGACUGAUAUUUAUAUCGUAUAUUGUCAGAAACAAAGUUCUUUUCGGGUUUAGCUGCAGUGUAUGCAAUCCAGGGAAAACUUUUCACCUGAAUAAGACGGAAACAAAAAAGAAAAGAAGCCUUCGCGAUGGUGUCGAGCAGCGAACGCAGAGCCGCCAUGCAGAGCCUCCUCGGCCAGGCACUCAAGACCACAGCCCGGGACGCUCUGCUUCUGCUUUACAAUGCCAGGUUCCCUAAGGCGAAUCCGGGAAAGAAACCCUACGACGUCCUGAUGAAGUCCGCCAAAGCCAAGGAGAUCCUGCAGAAGAAUCCCGCGAUGGCCAAGGCGAUAAUGGAAGACAAGAAGGAAAAGCUGGACAUCUCGGCCCUCUGUCUCCUCCUUCGCUACUGCUGCGGACUCCGGAAGAAUGCCUCAGCGUGGUCUUCCCUCUCUCUUCUGGAAGGGAACAUUUCCGAGCUGCGAAAACUCCGCAACGAAGACGGACACUGGACGGAGGAGGGCAGCAGCGACUCGUCCGUGAAGGAGUCGUGGGAUCGCUUGGAGGCGGCCGUGACGAAGGUCCUGCAGCUGGGCGGCCUGGAGAGUGAAGUCCCUCGCUUCAAGAAGGAGCUCCAGGAUAAGAGGGCCGUGAACCCGUUCCAAAGGGCGUACGACAGAGAUGAAGUCAGAGUCUCCAUGCAAGAGGAACUGAGGGAGGUCUUCCGCAGCGGGGGCAAGACCACCCAAAUGCCCCUCGUGUGGGCUGGGAAGAACUUCAGCUUCCACCACAAAGCCACAACCACCUACACCAGCAGCAGAUUUUCCGUCAACCGUGAUGGGACACUGGUGCCCGUGGAGAGUGACGGCGUGGUCGGGGCGCGGGGGCCGUGGCAGACCCUGGUGGUGCAGGGGGAGUCGGGGACGGGCAAGACCUCCCUCCUGCGCUACUUGGCCGACCUGUGGAGCACGUCGCCAUGCCCGCUGUCCUCGUUGGCAGCGUUCGAGUUCCUGCUCUUCUUGGACUGCAACGCCGUCACCACUCGGACCUUCAAAGUUUUCGACAUUCUCAAGGAAAUAUUUCCUAAAGCCAGUGCCAAGUGGAGGCCUAGCAGUCUCCUGAAGGUCCUGACGCAGGCUGGCAGCAGCGUCAUGAUCAUGAUCGACGCUUUCGACGAGAGGCUGGAGGCUUUCCAGGAUGCCUUCCAGAACCUGCAGAAGGCGUGUCCGGAGGCCUUCUUCCUGAUCACCACGCGGCCCCACUGCGUCCCCGCCAUCGUCAAGCUUUGUGAGAGACAGGUGCUGCGGGUGACGGCUCACGGCUUCAGCAGAGCGAGCGCAAGGAACUACGUGGACAAACUGCUGGUAUUGCAAGGGAAAGCUGGAGACCCGGACGAGAUGCUGCAGUUGCUGUCCAGCCACAAAGAACUGCUGGCCAUCCCGCAGCUGCUAUGCUGGUGCACCUGGUUCUGGGCGGAGGAGGGCGGCGCCCAGUUCUCGACGCUGGGCAAGACCUUCCUUAAGGUGACGGAAUUCAUCCUGAAGAAAAUGUGUCACAUCAACGGCAAGCGGGUGCUGUCCGGGGAGGUGCCAAAGGAGGGCCAGAAGUGGCUCAGCUUGGUGGCUCGCGUAGCCUUCGACCAUACAAGGUCAGGCCGGAGCUCCCUGCCAGAAUGCAGUCCGGAAGUGAAACAGCUGUAUCGCGAAGCGUCUAAACUGCGGCUUCGACCGCGAGAGGCUGUGUCCAGCCUGAUGCAGUGCGACGAGAGCCGCAUGACAGGCGUGGGAGAGUACAUCAGCUUCCAUUUCCUUCACACCUCGCAUGCCAACUUCCUGGUCGCCUACCACAUAUGCGAGGCGCUGAAGGGAGACAAGAAAGCGACGAUUACCAAGCUUCUAAAGGGUUUCAAGGACGACAAACAGGCUAUACUGAGUUUCGUGGUCAGUCUCCUUUAUGUGAAUGAUAAAGGAAAAAUUGACCCCAAACGGGAGCAAGAAAUUUCGGCGGUGGCCAAAGACUUCGUACACUUCUACGAUAUCAAUUACUAUUUGACGCUGAUCGAGGAGAGCGGCCACAGCCAGAGCUUAGCGGAGGCCCUGGCCUGUAACAUGCCAAUGGACACCAGCUUUGGAGACGCGCUUCCAAAACCCCUUUUGCUUGGAACGAGUGGAAUGAGGUCGAGCAUCGUCCCUGCGGCACCUUCGGGCCAUCUGUGGGUACGAAGGAGGGAGUUGAAGCACGACCAGGCGCUAUCCAUGCUCCUCUGCGCGGCCAAGCCAGCUCGCCUGUGGCUGCAACUCUCGUCUCCCGACGCGUGUGUCCCGGACGCUUCACCAGGGGAAAGCGUGGCCGCCAUGAGGCUGAUUUCGAAGGCGUACAAAGGCAAGCCCCUAUGCGAUUUGAGGGUGAGCGGCCUCGUCAGCAGCACUCCAGUCUCGUGGCCGAAGAACCUGUGGUGGUUGACGCUGGAGCGAGGAAGAGUGAAGGGAAGUCUCGGGCUGCGUGAGGGCCUGCUGAAGCUGACCUACAGCGAGUGUUCGGGAAUCGAAAAGGUGAACGUCCCGAACAGUGUCAAGUCGUUGGCCCUUCAGAGAAUGGACGUGGAGGACCUGUGUGUCGGCAAGGGCGUGGAGUGUUUGACGCUAGAAUCGUGCAACAUAAAGAAGGUGUGGUCGGUGCCUGCAGGUCUUAAGAAAGUGAACCUGAUAGACUGUUCAGCGAGUGAGGGCGCCAUCCUGUCCCUUGCUCGACAGCAUCGAAUCACGGCCAACAUAGGAACUUCCUUUGGCCAUGAAGAGUGAGGAGGAACCAGCCAUUACUUGCGAAAUAUUGAAUGCAAACCACUGGGGCAAAGAUCUCUCAGAUCAUUAAGGGUCGCAGUUGCUUGCAAUAUUCCUUAUCAAAUGCUACUAUGAUUUACUUACAUAAGAUGUAUGUCGAAUAUUGAAUUAUUCUAUAGUAGUUUAAAUGACUAUAUAUUUAUAUAAAUAUAAUGAUUAUAAGAUACUAGCAGUGUUCUUAGUACAAACUUUAACAUUGUAAUAUUUUUUAUGUCUAAUUAUAAUAUUACCGUUUUAUUAUCGCGAAUAUUUUACAAAUAAAC